UGAACCUGCCGGUGAAGGCCCCACAUCCAGGACUGAGGCUCUGGGAGAUGCUGAGGGUUUGUCUGCAGGGAGGAGAUUCAUACGUCCUUUGGUGGUUAUUGCCAACAAGACCAGCCCCCAUGGCAGGGUUCCUCCGAAGAGGAAGAUGCAAGACACAACAGAGAAGAUAUCCCUGGAACCAUCCAAACAGACGAGGCAAGUGCUGAAGAAAAUGCUGCAGGGAGGACAAGAAAUGAAAGGAGAGCCUGUGCAGAUGGAAGCAUUUCCCGGAGGAAGCAGUGGUUCCGUGCCAGCCUCUGCUGAAGGAAGGGAGGCCAUGCCAGGCACAGGCACAGGAGAUGAGGUGUCUGGGAGGGCUUCUCCAUCAGCUUGGAUGAAUAAAGUUUUGAAGCCCUUGGAGCCUCCUGCAGAUGUGUCUACAGGGAGGACUUCUCCAGCUCCUUCCUUGGAUGUUGCACUCAAGCCCAGCUCCCAUCACAGGAGUACUCCAACAGGGAAAAUCCAAGAUACAACAGAUAAGAUAUCCCUGGAACCAUCCAAACAGAUGAGGCAAGAGCUGAAGGAACCCCUGCAGACAAGACAAGAGAUGGACAUAGUGCUUCAGUGGAAGUUGGCAUUUCUUGAAGGAAGCACUCCAUCUUUGGUGCCAGCCCCUGUUGCAGGAAGGAAGGCGAUUCCAGACACGGGCACAGGCACAGCAGACUGGGAGGCUGGGAAGGAUUCUCCAUUAGCCUGGCGCUCUGAAGUUGUGAAGCCCUCCGAGCAUUCUGCAGAUGUGUCUGCAGGGACGACCUCACCAACUCCUACCUUGGAUGCUGCACUCAAGCCCAGCUCCCAUCACAGGGGUCCUACGACAGGAGAGACCAAAGGCAUGGCAGGCAAGAAAUUCCAGGACCCAUUAGAAGUCAUGUGGCAAAUGCUGAAGGAAUGUCUGCAGAGAAGGCAAGAAAUGAAAGGAGAGCCUGUGCAGAAGGAAGCACUUCCAGGAGGAAGCAGUGGUUCCGUGCCAGCCUCAGCUCCAGGAAGGGAGGCCAUGCCAGGCACAGGCACAGGAGAUGAGGUGUCUGGGAGGGCUUCUCCAUCAGCUUGGAUGAAUAAAGUUUUGAAGCCCUUGGAGCCUCCUGCAGAUGUGUCUACAGGGAGGACUUCUCCAGCUCCUUCCUUGGAUGUUGCACUUAAGCCCAGCUCCCAUCACAGGAGUACGCCAACAGGGAAAAUCCAAGAUACAACAGAUAAGAUAUCCCUGGAACCAUCCAAACAGAUGAGGCAAGAGCUGAAGGAAGCCCUGCAGACAAGACAAGAGCUGGACAUAGUGCUUCAGUGGAAGUUGGCAUUUCUUAAAGGAAGCACUCCAUCUUUGGUGCCAGCCCCUGUUGCAGGAAGGAAGGCGAUUCCAGACACGGGCACAGGCACAGCAGACUGGGAUGCUGGGAAGGAUUCUCCAUUAGCCUGGCGCUCUGAAGUUGUGAAGCCGUCUGAGCAUUCUGCAGAUGUGUCUGCAGGGACGACCUCACCAACUCCUACCUUGGAUGCUGCACUCAAGCCGAGCUCCCAUCACAGGGGAGAGACCAAAGGCAUGGCAGGCAAGAAAUUCCAGGACCCAUUAGAAGUCAUGUGGCAAAUGCUGAAGGAAUGUCUGCAGAGAAGGCAAGAAAUGAAAGGAGAGCCUGUGCAGAAGGAAGCACUUCCAGGAGGAAGCAGUGGUUCUGUGCCAGCCUCUGCUGCAGGAAGGGAGGCCAUGCCAGGCACAGGCACAGGAGAUGAGGGUGUUGGGAAGGCUUCUCCAUCAGCUUGGACGAAUAAAGUUUUGAAGCCCUUGCAGCCUCCUACAGAUGUGUCUACAGGGAAGACUUCUCCAGCUUCUCCAGCUGCUACCUUGGAUGCUGCACUCAAGCCCAGCUCCCAUCUCAGGGGUACUCCAACAGGGAAAAUCCAAGAUACAACAGAUAAGAUAUCCCUGGAACCAUCCAAACAGAUGAGGCAAGAGCUGAAGGAACCCCUGCAGACAAGAGAAGAGAUGGACAUAGUGCUUCAGUGGAAGGUGGUAUUUCUUGAAGGAAGCACUCCAUCUUCGGUGCGAGCCCCUGCUGCAGGAAGGAAGGCGAUGGCAGACACGGGCACAGGCACAGCAGACUGGGAUGCUGGGAAGGAUUCUCCAUUAGCCUGGCGCUCUGAAGUUGUGAAGCCCUCUGGGCAUUCUGCAGGCGUGUCUGCAGGGACGACCUCACCAACUCCUACCUUGGAUGCUGCACAAAAGCCCAGCUCCCAUGGCAGGGGUCCUCUGACAGGAAAGACCAAAGACAUGGCAGGCAGGAAAUUCCAGGACCCAUUAGAAAUCAUGUGGCAAAUGCUGAAGGAACGUCUGCAGAGAAGACAAGAAAUUAAAGGAGAGCCUGCGGAGAAAGAAGCAUUUCCCGGAGGAAGCAGUGGUUGCAUGCCAGCCUCAGCUCCAGGAAGGGAGGCCAUGCCAGGCACAGGCACAGGAGAUGAGGGUGCUGGGAAGGCUUCUCCAUCAGCUUGGAUGAAUAAAGUUUUGAAGCCCUUGGAGCCUCCUGCAGAUGUGUCUACAGGGAAGACUUCUCCAGCUUCUCCAGCUGCUACCUUGGAUGCUGAACUCAAGCCCAGCUCCCAUCUCAGGGGUACUCCAACAGGGAAAAUCCAAGAUGCAACAGAUAAGAUAUCCCUGGAACCAUCCAAACAGAUGAGGCAAGAGCUGAAGGAACCCCUGCAGACAAGAGAAGAGAUGGACAUAGUGCUUCAGUGGAAGGUGGUAUUUCUUGAAGGAAGCACUCCAUCUUCGGUGCCAGCCCCUGCUGCAGGAAGGAAGGCGAUGGCAGACACGGGCACAGGCACAGCAGACUGGGAUGCUGGGAAGGAUUCUCCAUUAGCCUGGCGCUCUGAAGUUGUGAAGCCCUCUGAGCAUUCUGCAGGCGUGUCUGCAGGGACGACCUCUCCAACUCCUACCUUGGAUGCUGCACAAAAGGCCAGCUCCCAUGGCAGGGGUGAGUAGUGUGUCCCUG